AUGAAGAUCACACUCCUCUUGUCCAUCCUUUCCGCUUCGGGCGCUCUGGCCGUCUUGGUCAAGGACGCAGGCGAGCUCGGCUUCGAGAUGCCAAAACAACGUCGAUUGCAACGGAGGUUGCAACGCACACCCAUGCGCGGGCAAUGGCGUCGUGAGUACCAGGUCGCAGAAGACGAGCACCGUCAUGGUCUGGCUCGAGACGUUGCUGAUCAUUUUGCUCUCUUGCUAUUCAGGGCGAAGACGUUUGCUGGAAUAACAAGUGCUGGUUCAAUUUGUGAAGGACUACUGCAGCUGCAUAACGAGGGCGAAUUCCCAGGCGGACAAGGCUUCUAUCUGGUCUCUGACUUUGGACACAAGUUCCUGUUCCGGGAGAGACAGGCAACGGACUCUGCGACGCGGUAA